CGGGGCGUGGGGGAGGGCAGCGAUCAGGGUGGAGGAAAUUUGGGAGGAGUGUCCGGGGGGCAGAAACUUAGAAGGGGGAGGGAACUGCGGCGAAGGAGACGUUCCGGGAUGCGAGCGCAAUGUAUGAGGGGCUGUGGUGCCUCAGGUUUAAAAGAGCAGGAAGCUGACUGAGAGAGAGGUCGGAGGAAAAGUGUCUCCGCUGGGCGGAGGUUACAGGUGGUGUCUCGGAAAGUGCUCCGAGGCUGUCGGCUGUAGUCGCAGAGAGGCUCGGAGUGCUGUGUGGAGGAGACAGCUUAGGGGCUCGCCUCCUGGGGCGAGGGAGAAGUUGGACUUUCUGAGGACUGGCAGGAAUGUGCCUCCCGGCCCUGGGUGCUUCCCCCCUGGGGGGAGGCAUCGCGAGGGUCUGUGGCAGGCUCCUCUGAACGCUGAGCGGCUGAGGUCCACCUCCGCGUAUGGAUCCAGGGCAUGAGAAUUCAGCCACAGGGGCUGCCGUGAUCGUAGACCUCGACCCCGACUUCGCACCCCAGACUCGUCCCCGCUCCUGCACCUGGCCCCUUCCCCGACCAGAGCUUGCUCCCCAGCCGUCCGAGCCGCCCGAGGUGGAGCCAGGUCUGGGAGAGAAGGUACACACGGAGGGGCGCUCAGAGCCAACCCUGUUGCCCUCCCGGCUCCCAGAGCCGGCAGGGGGCCCCCAGCCCGCAAUCCUGGGGGCCGUAACUCGUCCUCGGAAGGGAGGCUCCCGCCGGAAUGCCUGGGGAAAUCAGUCAUAUGCAGAGCUCAUCAGCCAGGCCAUUGAAAGCGCCCCGGAGAAGCGACUGACCCUCGCCCAGAUCUAUGAGUGGAUGGUCCGCACUGUGCCCUACUUCAAGGACAAGGGUGACAGCAACAGCUCAGCAGGAUGGAAGAACUCCAUCCGCCAUAACCUGUCCCUGCACAGCAAGUUCAUCAAGGUCCACAACGAGGCCACCGGCAAGAGCUCUUGGUGGAUGCUGAACCCGGAGGGAGGCAAGAGCGGCAAGGCGCCCCGCCGCCGGGCAGCCUCCAUGGAUAACAGCAGCAAGCUGCUCCGCGGCCGCAGCCGGGCGCCCAAGAAGAAGCCAGCUGCGCUGCCCGCGCCGCCCGAAGCUGCCACUUCCAAGAGCCCUGCUGCCCCCUUUGCCAAGUGGUCAGGCAGCCCUGGCUCUCGAAACCGCGAGGAAGCCGAUGUGUGGACCACCCUACGUCCACGAAGCAGUUCAAAUGCUAGCACUGUCAGCACCCGGCUCUCACCCAUGGGGCCCGAGUCUGAGGUGCUGGCAGAGGAGGAAAUGGCAGCCUCCGUCAGCAGCUAUGCAGGGGGUGUCCCUCCCACCGGAAAGGAUGGUCUGGAGCUCUUAGAUGGGCUCAGCCUCGCGUCUCCCCACUCCCUUCUAUCUCAGAGCAGUCUCUCUGGCUUCUCGUUGCAGCAUCCUGGGCUUCCAGGCCCCUUACACACCUACAGCGCCUCCCUCUUCAGCCCAGCAGAGGGGCCCCUGUCAGCAGGCGAAGGGUGCUUCUCAAGCUCCCACUCUCUGGAGGUCCUGCUCACCUCCAGUAAACAACGAACCCCUGCUGAUAUCCUCAUGACCCAGGUAGACCCCAUUCUGUCCCAGGCUCCCACACUGCUGCUGCUGGGGGGCAUACCUUCCUCCAGUAAGCUAGCCACAGGAGUCGGCCUAUAUCCCAAGCCCCCAGAGGCUCCAGGCCCCAGCAGUCUGGUUCCCCCACUUUCUAUGAUAGCACCACCUCCAGUCAUGGAGGAUGCUUCCAUCCCCAAGAGCAUGGGGAAUCCUGUGCUCACACCCCCUACUGAUGCUACGAGCCAAGACAUAAUGCCUCAGGAUCUAGAUUUCGAUAUGUAUCUGGAGAACCUGGAGUGUGACAUGGAUAACAUCAUCAGUGACCUCAUGGAUGGGGGUGAGGGACUGGACUUCAAUUUCGAGCCAGAUCCCUGAGCCAUGGCUGGAAGCUUUGUCCCUUGCUUCAGAGGUGGAGCCAGGCGUGCCCAUAUCCACUCUUUACCCUUGACCCCUCCCCGGGAAUUUGGUACACUGCUUUAGAACUAGGGUGUGGUUUACUCACAGGAGUGCUGGGGAAAUUAUAAAGAUAAAGCUGCCUCAUAUGGGAACUAUGGGGGGGGGGAGGAAAGGGGACUGGGAAAGGGAGGGGGUUUAUUCUCAUUGUGCCAUUUAGGGGGUAAGGCCCCCUCUUGGGAGCCAUCCUGGGCUCCCCCCAUUCCCACCCCUAAGUUUUGUAGCAGGGGCGGGCAGUGCUGUUGGAAAUGUGAAGUCACCAGUGGCCUUACCCCUGCCUUUGGGGGCAGGAUUUUUUGUAGCAUCUUAUCUGAGCUGGUCAGAUGUUGAGCCUGGGGGUUUUAUGCAGUGGCCCCUUAGGCCAGUGGGGGGGAGUGGGGACCUGGAAGGGCCAAGGUCGAGCACUAGAGUGGCUCACCAGGCCAAAUCACCCUUGGAAGGCUGCAGAUAACAGAAAGGCUUUUUAUAAACUUUUAAUGAAAUGUAAACACAAAUAUAGAGAUUUUUAACAGUGGCAAGGUGCUAGUGAUGGGGACAAUGCUUCUUUCUUUCUGAAGGCUUUUGUCAUUGUCACAUGAUGCAAACACUACAGAUAUUACUAGGGGAAACGUGGAGGUGGUGGGGACAAGGGCAGGAUAGCACCAGUGGGAAGCUGUACUGAGCUAGGAAAGGUGCUCCCACACGCACCAGGUCUAGAACAAGGCCCGUGUGGAAGUAGCUUGGUUUCCCUCAGGAAAAAGCUAAGCCAGGCCUCCACAUUCUACCACCUUGUGCCUAGGAGUGUGUGGUGUUGGGGUGCAGCCACACUCUUGCAUCACUCCUUGUGGGUUGGUGCUAUGGUGGGAGAGUGCAUUGAAGGCCAGGAAUUACUUUGUGGCCUGGGAAGGGGGUGGGAGCGGGAAGAGAGGGAGGGAAGGAUUUAGGGUGGUAAAGUCAGGCACAGAGACCUCCCUGUUCAAGGCCCCUGACAGCUGUCCCUGCCCUUCUUCCCCUUGCCAGACUCCAGGGGUUGUGUGGAAGUGUGUGUGGUGGCAGGCAGGGGGAGGGGUGGAACAGGGAAGGGGUGCUGGGGAGCUUGGCUGAUGGUCUGGGAAAUGAGCAGGGAUGAAGGGGAAUGUGGAUCAGGUUUACCAGCACCUGCCAGGGAGGCCAUCUGGGGCUCCUCCACCCCAGCCCCCAAAGCAACCCCUCCCCUUCCCCUUGCAUUGUCUCCUCCCCCCUCCCCCACCCCCACUGUGGGUUCCCAUCAUUUCCUGUGUCAGCGCCUGGCCUACCCUGAUUGUAUCAUGUGCUAGAUUGGAGUAGGGAAGUGUGUCAAAUCAAUAAAUGAAUAAAUCCAAUAAAUGCCUAUACCAGC